AUGGAACCGUCCGGUAAACCUGGUUCCAGUCAGGUGGCUGAUGUCGUGUUUGUCAUCGAAGGGACGGCAAACCUCGGGCCGUACUUUGAAUCUUUGAGGAAAAACUACAUACUUCCAGCGAUUGAGUACUUCAACGGGGGGCCCCCGGCGGAGACGGAUUUUGGUGGAGACUAUGGAGGAACGCAGUACGGCCUUGUGGUGUUCAACACGGUCGACUGUGCUCCUGAGUCGUACGUCCAGUGUCACGCCCCGACCAGCUCCGCCUUCGAGUUUGUUUCAUGGAUCGACAGCAUCCAGUUCAUGGGAGGCGGCGCAGAAAGCUGCAGUCUGAUUGCGGAGGGCCUUUCUGUGGCCUUGCAGCUCUUCGAUGACUUUAAAAAAAUGAGGGAACAAAUAGGUCAGACCCACAAGGUGUGUGUGCUGCUGUGUAAUUCUCCUCCUUACCUGCUCCCUGCAGUGGAGAGCGUCAGCUACACCGGCCUCACGGCUGACAGCCUGGUCAAAAUCAUCAGAGAUAGAGGAAUUCACUUCUCUGUGGUCGCUCCUCGGAAACUGCCCGCUCUGAGAGUGCUGUUUGAAAAGGCUUCUCCCGUAGCGGGGGCGGUUGAACCGCAUCCAGACUACAGUCAGGAUCCAUUCCACAUGGUGCUGGUCAGAGGCAUCUCGCUGCCUG